AUGGCAGUUCCCUUUCCACUAUUCACGGCCGUUGCGGCCAGUGGCACAGUCCUGUUCAUAUUGCAGCAGAAUGAAUGGACGAGAAACAUGGCUGCAGCAGUAUUUGCUGCACUUUUCGGGAGUCAACUUACCAUCUUUGCCAUCUACAGCAUGUUUGUUUAUCCUUUCUUCGUCUCACCGUAUCGUGGGCUGCCGAAACCACAGGGCGGCGACUUUCUCUUUGGACACACCAGGGGCAUUAUUAGAGAUGGCCUGGGAACAAUCGCAAGAAAAUGGAUCGCGUCAAUCCCCAACGAAGGCUUCAUCCUCGUUCGCUGGGCAUUCAACCGCGAAAUGCUCCUAGUGACCUCGCCCCAGGCACUCUCCGAGAUCCUCGUCUCCAAAAACUACGAGUUCGAGAAGCCCCAGUUUCUCCGUGAUACACUCGGCCCUGUAAUAGGACACGGGCUCGUGCUUGCCGAAGGAGACGCUCACAAGAUCCAGCGCCGCAACCUGAUGCCCGCGUUUGCCUUCCGUCACAUCAAAGACUUGUACCCGCUGUUCUGGCAAAAGUCGCGGGAGGUCGUACGCGCCAUGACGGCAGAAUGCAACGACAAGGGCGUGAUACACAUGGAGGCGGGGACUUGGGCGUCACGGUGCACUCUGGAUGUCAUUGGUACAGCUGGACUGGGGAAGGACUUUGACGCUAUUCACGAUGAGCACAAUGAGUUGGUGGAGACGUAUAUGACGCUUUCACACCCUUCGAAGACGGAUAGAUUGCUUAUGCUGCUGGCAGAGUUCGCGGGUCUGUUUGUCCCUGUUGAGCCACUAAUUAACGUUCCUAUACCAAGGGUACGACGGGUUUUGAGGUCUGUUGAUCUUAUCAGAGGGGUUUGUCGGGAUCUCAUCCGGGAGAAGAAGGAGAAACUUAAAAAGGGACAGCUCAAUGAUGUGGAUAUCCUGUCGAUUGCACUGAAGAGCGGUGUGUUUACAGAAGGCGAGCUUAUCGACCAGAUGAUGACGUUUCUCGGGGCGGGACACGAAACUACUGGUUCGGCUUUAACUUGGGGCAUAUACACCAUGUGUCGUUUUCCGGAAAUACAGGACCGUCUCCGCGAUGAGAUUCGCGCUAGUUUGCCCUCGGUCGAUGAAGAAACGGAUAUUUCCAGCCUCGAUAUCGACAAGUUGCCCUACCUUAACGCCGUGUGCAACGAGGUCUUACGAAUGUACAGCCCUGUUCCACAGACUCUCCGCGAGGCCGUCUGCGACACAACCAUCCUGGACCGUCCUAUUCACAAGGGCACGAGGCUUAUUCUCGCGGCGUGGGGCACAAAUGUCGACACUAAGCUCUGGGGUCCUGACGCCGGCGAGUUCAAGCCGGAGAGGUGGCUAUCGGUGAAUGAUGGCGGGGAGCAUUCUGUCAAGACGGCGUCGCUGGGCGGCGCGAGUAGUAAUUAUGCGUUGUUGACGUUUCUGCAUGGACCGAGGAGCUGUAUUGGGCAGGGGUUUUCAAAGGCCGAGUUUGCAUGCCUGUUGGCGGCGUGGGUUGGACGGUUUCGGUUCGAGUUGAGGGAUGCUAGGUUGAUGGAUGAGGGGAAUAUGGUGUUUGAGCAAUUGGUGACGGUUAAGGCGGUAGAGGGAUUGUAUGUGAAGGCUACGGUUGUGCCGGGGUAUUAG